GGCCAAUAGCGGAGGCGGAGGGGCGGAGCCGGCAGCAGUGGUGGAAUGCGGCGGCGGCGGUGCGGGCGGGGGCGGCUCAGGGGCUGAACCGAGCGGAGGGGAAGCCGCGGGACCGCGGCCAUGUCCACCUUCCGGCAGGAGAGCGUGGAGGACUUCUACGAGAUGGGGGAAGAGCUGGGCAGCGGCCAAUUUGCCAUCGUGAGAAAAUGCCGGGAGAGGAAAACAGGCCUGGAAUAUGCAGCCAAAUUCAUCAAAAAGCGACGGCUGUCGUCGAGCCGCCGGGGGGUGAGCAGGGAGGAGAUCGAGAGGGAGGUGGACAUCCUGAGGGAGAUCCAGCACCCCAACAUCAUCACCCUGCACGACAUCUUCGAGAACAAGACGGACGUGGUGCUGAUCCUGGAGCUGGUGUCGGGCGGGGAGCUCUUCGACUUCCUGGCGGAAAAGGAGUCGCUGACGGAGGAGGAGGCCACGCAGUUCCUCAAGCAGAUCCUGGACGGGGUGCAUUACCUGCACUCCAAGCGCAUCGCACACUUUGACUUGAAGCCGGAGAACAUCAUGCUGCUGGACAAGAAUGUGCCCAACCCUCGCAUCAAACUCAUCGACUUUGGGAUCGCCCACAAGAUCGAAGCUGGGAAUGAGUUCAAGAACAUUUUCGGGACCCCGGAGUUUGUGGCACCAGAAAUCGUGAACUAUGAGCCGCUGGGGCUGGAGGCUGACAUGUGGAGCAUUGGGGUCAUCACUUACAUCCUGCUGAGCGGGGCCUCCCCCUUCCUGGGGGAAACAAAGCAGGAGACCCUCACCAACAUCUCCGCCGUCAACUACGACUUCGAUGAGGAAUACUUCAGCAGCACCAGCGAGUUGGCCAAGGACUUCAUCCGCCGGCUGCUGGUCAAGGACCCCAAGAAGCGGAUGACCAUAGCUCAGAGCCUGGAGCACCCCUGGAUCAAGGUGAUCAAGAGGAGGAACGUCCGCAAUGAGGACAGUGGGAAGAAGGCGGAGCAGCGACGGCGGCUGAAGACGACGCGGCUGAAGGAAUACACCAUCAAGUCUCACUCCAGCAUGCCGCCCAACAACACCUACAUCAACUUCGAACGCUUCUCCAAAGUGAUGGAGGAGGUGGCGGCGGCGGAGGAGACCCUCCGUGAGAUCCAGAAGAACAAGAGAUCCUUCCGGGAGGACAUCGAGGCCCUGCUGUCCAUCUACGAGGAAAAGGAAUCGUGGUACAAAGAGGAGAACGAGAGCAUCGGCCGCGACCUGCGGCAGAUCCGGCAGGAGCUGCUCCGAGCCGAGUCCGCCCGGCAGCGGGCGCAGGAGGAGAGCAGGAAUGUGAUGCAGGCGGCCGGGGGGCUGCGCCGGCGCUACCGGAGGUUGGAGAAGCGCUACGGUGCCCUGGCUGAGCAGGUGGCAUCCGAGGUGCGCUUUGUGCAGGAGCUGCUGUGGUCCAUCGAGAGGGAGAAGCUGCAGGGCGGCGGGGAGGAUGGCAGCAUCCGCUGAGGGGGGCGGGGAUGG